GGAGCUGUGCCGACCUGCUUAGGGAACGAGGCACGCAGAUUAUGCUCUGUGCCUGGCGCAGCGUGUAUGCCGACGCGGAUUCCACAUUGAGCCGGUGACAGCACUUGGAGGCUACCAUGGCUUGUUGUGACAUCGAAGUGUCAGAGAAAGACCACAUCGAAAGGAUACCCAUCUAUUUCUUCUGCAAACUGACCGCAUUAUGAAAUUUAAAGGGUCGGCACUGAAUCUGAAACAGCAUGAUAGAGUUACAAACUCAAGGUGUGCGCUAGGCUAGUUGGAACGGAAGAGAGGAAGCCGGUGGAUGUGUCUGAAAACUCGUCACUUUUCACGAACUAUUUUGUAUUUCCAACUCUCAUUAAUGACACUGUCUAAUCGACCAUGUCUACUCCAGUGCAUCCGGAAACAAGGAAAUUUACAAGAGGACUAAGUAAACCGGGAACGGCGGCAGAACUCCGCCAGAGCGUCUCUGAGGUGGUCAGGACGUCAGUAUUUGUUGCGAAGCCGAAGGUGAUCGAGCCGCUGGACUAUGAGAGCGUGCUGGUCCAGAGGAAGACCCAGAUCCUCAGCGAUGUCCUCAGGGACAUGCUGCAGUUCCCCCUGGAGGACUUCCAGAUAUCAACUCUACGACGCCAAAUAAGGACUGUUUACCCUUCAGUGCCUGAUAAUGCAGAGAGGGAGGCGCACAGUCUCUUCGUCCAAGAGUGCAUCAAGAGCUACAAUUCCGACUGGCACGUUGUUAAUUACAAGUAUGAGGAUUACUCAGGAGACUUCCGCCAGUUACCCAACAAGGUAUCCCGGCCAGACAAGCUGGCAGUCCAUGUAUUUGAAGUGGAUGAAGAUGUGGACAAAGAUGAGGACACGGCCUCCCUCGGCUCCCAGAAGGGGGGCAUCACCAAGCAGGGCUGGCUCUACAAAGGCAACAUGAACAGUGCCAUCAGUGUCACCAUGAGGUCUUUCAAGAGAAGAUACUUCCACCUCACUCAGCUGGGCGAUGGCUCGUACAACCUGAGCUUCUACAAGGAUGAGAAGAUCUCCAAGGAGCCCAAGGGGACGAUAUUCCUGGACUCCUGCAUGGGCGUGGUGCAGAACAACAAAGUGCGGCGCUUUGCGUUCGAGCUGAAGAUGCAGGAUAAGAGCACGUACCUGCUGGCCGCAGACAGCGAGGGGGAGAUGGACGACUGGAUCGGCACGCUCAACAAGAUCCUGCACUCCAGCUUUGAGCUCGCCAUGCAGGAGAAGAGGAAUGGAGACCUACAUGAUGAUGAUGAUCUGGGGAAAGCAGACAGUUCCUCUGGAAGUAUGGAUAGCUUUCAGAGUGCCAGAGACAUUGAAGCAAAGAUGAGGAAUGAGACCAGACUGAAGCUUUUCACACUGGACCCAGACAUACAGAAACUUGACUUCUCAGGAAUCGAGCCAGACAUCAAGCAGUUUGAGGAGAAGUUUGGCAAGCGCAUCCUAGUGAAUUGCCACGACUUGGCCUUCAACCUGCAAAGCUGUGUUGCCGAAAACGAGGACGGCCCAACGACUAAUGUGGAGCCCUUUUACGUCACGCUGUCCCUCUUUGACAUUCAGAACAGCAGGAAGAUCUCCUCCGACUUCCAUGUGGAUCUCAACCACGCGUCCGUCAGGCAGAUGGUGCCCAAUCCCAGCGCUCAGCUCAUGAAUGGAGGCGGGGACAGUCUGCUGGGCAGCCAGAAGCUGGCCAAUGGGCUGCCAGAGGGUGCCAUGCAGUACCCUAAAAAAGGAGUGUUCUCCGUGACCUGCCCUCACCCUGACAUCUUCCUGGUGGCCCGGAUAGAGAAGGUCCUGCAGGGCGGAAUCACACACUGCGCUGAGCCCUACAUGAAGAGCUCCGACUCUGCGAAGGCUGCACAGAAGGUGCUGAAAAAUGCCAAAUUGGCCUGCAGCAGGCUGGGUCAGUACAGGAUGCCUUUCGCUUGGGCCGCAAGGCCCUUGUUUAAAGAUGCAUCAGGGACACUGGACAAAUCGGCCCGCUUCUCCGCAAUCUACAGACAAGACAGCAACAAGCUGUCUAACGAAGACAUGUUCAAACUGCUAGCCGACUUCAGAAAGCCAGAGAAGAUGGCCAAGCUUCCCGUGAUCUUAGGAAACCUAGACGUUACCAUUGACAGCGUUCCUCCCGACCUGCCCAAUUGCGUUACCUCAUCCUACAUUCCGGUGAAGCAGUUUGACGUCAGUGAGCGAGACGUGCUGUUUGAAGUGGAGGAGUUUGUGCCCUGCAUAGCCAAGUGCUCCCAGCCUUUCACCAUCUACAACAAUCACCUCUAUGUCUACCCCAGGCACCUCAAGUACGACAGCCAAAAGUCCUUCGCCAAGGCGAGGAACAUAGCUGUGUGCAUUGAGUUUAAGGAUUCGGAUGAUGAGGAGGCGGCUCCACUCAAGUGCAUCUACGGUCGACCAGGCGGUCCUCUGUUUACCAAAAAUGCCUUUGCAGCAGUAUUACACCACCAGCAGAACCCUGAGUUCUACGACGAGUUUAAACUUGAGCUGCCCACCCAGCUCAAUGAGAAGCACCAUCUCCUCUUCACCUUCUUCCACAUCAGCUGUGACAGCAACAGCAAAGCGAGCACCAAGAAGAGGGAUGUUGUGGAGAACCUGGUGGGCUACGCCUGGCUCCCUUUGCUGAGGGACGGGAGGGUGGUCAUGAACGAGCAGCAGAUCCCCGUGGCGGCCAACCUGCCUGCUGGCUACCUCAGCUGUCAGGAGGGCAUCAGCAAGCAGCACUCCAGCCCUGAGAUGAAGUGGGUGGACGGGGGCAAGCCUCUGUUCAAAGUGUCCACUCACCUCGUCUCCACAGUCUACGCUCAGGACCAGCAUUUGCACAACUUCUUCCAUCACUUCCAGAGCAUGGACUCAGGUGCUCAGGUGUCGGCAGGAGAGCUGGUCAAGUACCUGAAGAGUCUCCACGCCAUGGAGAGUCACGUGAUGAUCAACUUCCUGCCCACCAUCCUGAACCAGCUCUUCCGAGUGCUGACCGGUGCCACCCACGAGGAGGUGGCCGUGAAUGUGACCAGGGUUAUGAUUCAUGUGGUUGCCCAGUGCCAUGAAGAGGGUUUGGAGCACCUCUUGCGCUCAUAUGUGAAAUACGUAUUCAAGAACGAGCCGUACACAGCCAACGGCACCAGGACGGUCCAUGAGGAGCUGGCCAAAGCCAUGACUGCAAUCCUGAAGCCCUCCACUGACUUCCUGACCAGCAACAAGCUGCUGAAGUACUCUUGGUAUUUCCUUGAAGCCUUAGUGAAGUCCAUGGCCCAGUACUUAAUUGAGAGUGGUCGGGUAAAGCUCUCCAGAAACCAGCGCUUCUCGGCCUCCUUCCACCACACGGUGGAGACGCUGGUCAACAUGAUGAUGCCCCACAUCACGCAGAAGUACAAGGACAACCUGGACGCGGCGCGCAACGCCAACCACAGCCUGGCCGUCUUCAUUAAGCGCUGUUUCACAUUCAUGGACAGAGGCUUCAUGUUCAAGCAGAUCAACAACUACAUCAACUGCUUCAUGCCAGGAGAUCCCAAGACUUUAUAUGAGUUUAGGUUUGAAUUCCUUCGAGUGGCUUGCAACCAUGAACAUUACAUUCCCUUGAAUUUGCCUAUGCCUUUUGGAAAAGGAAGAAUCCAGAGGUUUCAAGAUCUCCAGCUAGAUUACUCGCUGACGGACGACUUCUGCAAAAACCACUUUCUGGUCGGCCUUCUGCUGCGAGAAGUGGGCGGGGCGCUGCAGGAGUUCCGAGAGAUCCGACAGAUUUCCAUCCAGGUGCUGAAGAACCUCAUGAUCAAGCACACCUUCGAUGACCGCUACACAACAAAGAGCCAGCAGGCCAGACUGGCCACCCUGUACCUGCCCCUCUUUGGGCUCCUCCAGGAGAACGUGCACCGGCUCAACGUGAAGGAGGUCUCCCCGUUCGUCAACCACUCCAAUAAUAAUGGACGAGAUGACCCUCUCCUCACGAACAUCACCAUGACUCCUCCGAGAUCGAGCACCAUCCUUGAGAACAGCCUUCAUAAGGAUGUGUUCGGGGUCAUCUCUGGCACAGCGUCGCCUCACGCCACCUCCACGCCCAACAUCAAUGCCGUCCGCCACGCCGACUCCCGCGGCUCCCUCAUCAGCACCGACUCCGGCAACAGCCUGUCUGAGAGGAACCACGAGAAGGCCAACUCCCUGGACAAGAACCAGCCGGCCUCAGCCCUGGGCAGCUCCAUGCUGCGCUGUGACAAACUGGAUCAGGCUGAGAUCAAGAGCCUCCUCAUGUGCUUCCUGCACGUCCUCAAGAGCAUGUCCGAGGAUGCUUUGUUCACAUACUGGAACAAGGCCUCCUCUGGUGAUCUGAUGGAUUUCUUCACACUCAUUGAAGUAUGCCUUCAUCAGUUCAAAUAUAUGGGGAAAAGAUACAUUGCAAGGCACCAGGAAGGGGCGGGACCCAUAGCACAUGAGCGGAAGUCUCAGACUCUGCCUGUGUCCCGUAACAGGGCGGGAAUGAUGCAUGCCCGCUUACAGCAGCUCAGCAGCCUGGAUAACUCAUACACUUUUAACCACACCUACAGCCACUCGGACGCCGACGUGCUGAACCAGUCGCUGCUGGAGGCCAACAUGGCCACCGAGGUGUGCCUGACCGUGCUGGACACCCUCAGCAUCUUCAUCAUGGGCUUCAAGACUCAGCUCUGUGCAGACCAUGGGCACAACCCCCUAAUGAAGAAGGUCUUCCAGGUCCACCUCUGUUUCCUGCAGAUCAACCAAUCGGAGACAGCCCUUAAGCAGGUCUUCACCUCCCUCAGGACCUUCAUCUACAAAUUCCCGUGCACGUUCUUCGAGGGCCGAGCGGACAUGUGCGCUGCCUUCUGCUACGAGAUCCUCAAGUGCUGCAACUCCAAGCUGAGCUCCAUCCGCAGCGACGCCGCCCACCUGCUCUACUUCCUCAUGAAGAGCAACUUUGACUACACGGGCCGCAAGUCCUUCGUCCGCACGCACCUGCAGGUGGUCAUUGCGGUCAGCCAGUUAAUCGCUGAUGUCAUCGGGAUCGGUGGAACCCGCUUCCAGCAGUCUCUCUCCAUCAUCAACAACUGUGCCAACAGCGACAAGACCAUCAAAAACACAGCGUUCCCGUCGGACGUGAAGGACCUGACCAAGCGGAUCCGCACGGUGCUGAUGGCCACGGCUCAGAUGAAGGAGCACGAGCGGGACCCCGAGAUGCUGGUGGACCUGCAGUACAGCCUGGCCAAGUCCUACGCCAGCACCCCGGAGCUGCGCAAGACCUGGCUGGACAGCAUGGCCCGCAUCCACGUCAAGAACGGCGACCUCUCAGAGGCAGCCAUGUGUUAUGUGCACGUAGCAGCGCUGGUGUCGGAGUACCUGAAGAGGAAAGGAAUGUUCAAGCAGGGAUGCUCAGCCUUCAGAGUGGUCACGCCCAACAUCGACGAGGAGGCCUCCAUGAUGGAGGACGUAGGCAUGCAGGACGUGCAUUUCAACGAGGACGUGCUGAUGGAGCUGCUGGAGGAGUGUGCUGACGGCCUGUGGAAGGCUGAGCGCUACGAGCUCAUCUCCGACGUCUACAAACUCAUCAUCCCCAUCUAUGAGAAGCGCCGGGACUUUGAGAAACUGGCUCACCUGUACGACACGCUGCACCGAGCCUACAGCAAAGUGACGGAGGUCAUGCACACUGGCAAGCGGCUGCUGGGAACCUACUUCAGAGUGGCUUUCUUCGGCCAGGGGUUCUUUGAGGAUGAGGAUGGGAAGGAGUACAUCUACAAGGAGCCCAAACUCACCCCUCUGUCCGAGAUCUCCCAGAGGCUCCUCAAACUCUACUCAGACAAGUUUGGCUCAGAGAAUGUGAAGAUGAUUCAAGACUCUGGCAGGAUAAACCCUAAAGACCUGGACUCCAAGUAUGCCUACAUCCAGGUCACUCACGUGACGCCUUAUCUGGAGGAGAAGGAGCAGGUGGACAGGAGGACCGACUUUGAGAAGAGCCACAACAUCCGCCGCUUCGUCUUCGAGAUGCCCUUCACCGUGUCGGGCAAACGGCAGGGUGGAGUUGAGGAGCAGUGCAAAAGGAGGACCAUCCUGACCACCACGCACUGUUUCCCGUACGUGAAGAAGCGCAUCGCCGUCAUGUACCAGCACCACACCGACCUGAACCCCAUCGAGGUGGCCAUCGACGAGAUGAGCAGGAAGGUGGCCGAGCUGAGGCAGCUGUGCUCCGCCAGCGAGGUGGACAUGAUCCGCCUCCAGCUCAAGCUGCAGGGCAGCAUCAGUGUCCAGGUAAACGCAGGGCCACUCGCUUAUGCCAGAGCUUUCUUGGAUGACGGCAGCACCAAAAAGUAUCCCGACAACAAGGUGAAGCAACUCAAAGAAGUGUUCAGGCAAUUUGUGGAGGCCUGUGGGCACGGUCUGGGCAUCAACGAGCGUCUGAUCAAAGAGGACCAGCAGGAGUACCAUGACGAGAUGAAGGCCAACUACAGGGACCUGGCCAGAGAGCUGUCCGCCAUCAUGCACGAGCCAAUCAGCCCGGUGGAAGAGGGCAUGAAGAGCGUUCUUCCCGACUCGAUGCACAUCUUCAACGCCAUCAGCGGCACGCCAAGCAGCGCCAGCAUCCAGGGCAUCCCCAGCUCCUCCUCCGUGGUGUGAGGGGUGAGGGGUGAGGGGGGGGGGGGGUCCUUCUCCCCCACACACACCUGCCCAUCACGCCUGGCCAGUGGGAACACUAUCCCCAGGGGACACCUGUCCACCUGUCUUCAGCUCUCUCUCUCCCCCUUCUGAGUGUUCCAUCACGGAUGCCGAAUCUGCCCACUGCCAUUUGCAGAAGCAUCCCAUGCACAGGCUGCAUCAGCAGCUCAGCCUUCCGUCGGGCUCCAUGACUUGUGAGAGGCCUGCUCAUUGUUUCUUUGACAAAAACACUAUGUGGGACCAUUUUUGAUGAUUUUGAUGUCUGUUGUCCAUAAACAUUCAUGCGUGUGGCUGGGAGGCGUUGGGCCUCAUGAGAGAGGGUGAUGGCAGAGGGUGGCCACAGUGCUUCAGAGGUGCCCGGGCGUGGGCUGACACUUCUGGACUUGGUCUGGGUUUGUUCACUAGUGUUUCCUGUGGAGACAUCCCAUUAGGGAUUCUUAAAUGUUAAAAAUGACAUACACAAAUACACAUACACACACAACAUGCAUGAAUUACUCAGCCAACCUUGUAGUCAUUUUAAUAUAAUUUUAUUCAUCUGUAUUGUUUAUUUACAAUUAUUUUAUAUGUACAGUACUCAAAUUUCCAUACUCUAGUUCUAUUUUACUUGUGGCACAGAACCUGAUAUCUCUUCAUUCACUUGUGUUGUAUUUUUACAAAGUAGCAUUGUGUCGCACAGAUUGCUCUUUGAACCCCGGAGCAGUCCGUCACUUCAGUGUCUUAGACUGAGAACUCUUAACUGUUGGAAGCCAUGGCAUAAGUAUAUUCCAAGCUGUUUAUUAUUGUACAUACAAAAGGAGUGCAAUAUUUGCAAGAACUCUUGCUGUGUUUAUUUCAUACACUGUAAAGAUUAUGUUCAUUCUUCUUGCCAAAGCGAUGAAGUGUGAAACCAGUGACGGAGCCUACUGUGGAUGUAAUAUGAAGCUUUUACCAUUUUAGUGUUCCUUUUAAGUGUUUAAUGAAAUCAUUUUAUAUUUGGGAAGGAAUUGGUUUUUUUUUAUUUUUAUUUAACAGAAUGUCCCUGUUCUGCUGUAUUUAAACAGAAAUGUCCCCCUAAUACAUCUCUUUUAAAUAAAAGUCAUUCAGUUCUCUCUGAA